GAAGCAGUUAUGUGUUGAAAAUAGUGAUGUUUACUUGUUUGUGAAGAGCUGGACAAUAAAUGAAUUAAAUUCAAAGCAUUCGGGGUCUGCUUCAAUUAACAGUUCAGAAAAGUCGCGUAAAUCUAAAUAUUCGAGUGAAAAAUUUGCUAUAUCAUAGAACUGCUUGCAAAUUUACGAGUUUAGAUACACAUGUAGCUACUCUCGCUUAUUUCAACAAAUUUGCAAAUUUCCUCUUGGAAAUUUCCACAAAUUUGUGACCCUAAAUUACAUAAAAAGUUUGGAGUUUCAUUCAAAUUCGCAAACAAUUUCACUAAGGUUCAAGUAGCCUCCAACCAAUACGACUGCUAUGUCAUCCUGAGAAAGAUGAAUGAACGAACUUGUUUAAAAAUUAAUUCCGAAUCCAGUCACAAGGUCAAUUAAUUACAAACAACUUUAUAAAUGAUUAAUAGUAUAUUCAUAAAUUGUAAAAUAGUAUAAGGAAUUAGGUUUUGAUAAACAACAAAAAAAUACGACGUAAAAAUGACGGUCGAUUUCAACGAUUACUUUUGGGGGGAGAAGAACAAUGGCUUCGAUGUGCUCUAUCACAAUAUGAAGUUCGGUUGGGUGGCCAGCAAAGAGCUUUCUGAGUUCUUUCGCGAAAAGUCCAAUAUUGAAGAACAGAACUCGAAAUUAAUGGCCAAGCUGGCGCACAAAGCUAGCACUGGUACAUUGAACAGCACAUUUGCGCCCGUCUGGACAAUAUUGCGCACCUCAGCGGAGAAACUCUCCACAUUGCAUCUGCAAAUGGUACAAAAGCUCACAGAGCUUGUCAAGGACGUCGCCAAAUAUGCUGAUGAGCUGCAUAAGAAACAUAAAAGUGUUAAAGAGGAGGAAUCACAGACCCUUGAAUGUGUACAAGCGAUGCAAACAUCCACAGCAGCAGUACAAAAGCUGCGCGAUAUCUACGCGAGCAAAGUGUUGGAGUUGGAGAAGUUGCGCAAAGAUAAUGCAUCACAGAAGGAUAUAGAAAAGGUGGAAACAAAAUUGCGUAAAUUGCAGGAAGAAUAUAAAACGCUGCUUGACAAGCAUAAUCCAAUUAAAAGUGAUUUCGAGCGGCGUAUGACACAGACGUGUAAGCGUUUCCAAGAAAUUGAAGAAGUCCAUUUACGGCAAAUGAAAGAGUUUUUGUCCACCUUUUUAGAAAUGCUGCAGAAUAAUCAUGACAUGGUUGGUCAGGUUCAUUCAGAUUUUAAACGUCAAUUUAAUGAUAUGACGGUGGACAAGCUUUUAGAGCAAUUUGUGCUAAACAAAUACACUGGCUUAGAGAAACCAGAAAUUCCAGAACUUGAGACCAUUCCACUUUCUAUACAACAACAGCAGCAGUCCGUCUCAGCAACACGCUUAAAUCAGCCAAGUGGUGUUGCUGUGGCCGCUUCCAAUUCUAAUUCGGCCACAAGCAUACAGGGGGCCAUAUCCAGAAUUACCAGCGGCAGCGUGUCAAUGGAUCAACGCGGUAGCGUUGGGGCCGAGGGCGGUUCGUUGGGUACCGGCGCUGUCGGCGGUAGUGGUGGUAGCGGCAGUAACAGCAUAAUAAACGCUGAUGAUGCCAUACUGGGCAUACAGGCAUCACCACGCGCUACAUCACCCAUUUUAAUGAGUACUACCACAAUGACUGUUGCUGAUGUCACUAAUAGCUCUACUACUGUACCAGCUAUAGCAUCAUCGAGCACAUCGACAACUUCUUCAACCGUGCGAAGUAACUUUUUGAAUUGGUUUUCGUCAAGCAUUCCAAGCAACAAGCAGCCAGUAAAUGCUGUAACAGCGACGUCCACAGCAACUGCCGCUAAUAGCGGUGGUGGGAAUUUCGGUACGGAUAGCUAUGGUUCUUCCCACACCGGCACAGCCAUCAUGAAAAAUUCCCUAAACUCAGAGCUUCAGUCACUGCAGGAUAAUAAUAAUCAAGGUUCAUUAAUGUCGUCUGCUUUAACACAAUUACCAGAACAAGAUAACAUUACUAACACAACAACAACUACAACUAGUACUACUUCUAUUUCCUCUAAUACUGCUAGUACUCCUACUUUUCAUAAUAACACAAAUAAUACUACUAUCAACAAAACUACCACAUCAUCCACAUGCUCCUCUGUAACAAAUCAAAACUCUGUCGAGCAGCAUCUGCAACAGCGCACCUCAUCACCAACGCCAACCGGUUCAGCGGCGAAUCGAAAUUACAUUGAACCGAUUUCGACAUCACUUAAUGAACGUUCAAAUCAUCUACAUCAUCAUCCGCAUCCAGUGUCUGCAAGUGGUGUCGGUUCGUCAGCAACUAGUGCGGGCCCAACUGUGGGAAAUUCUCGUCGUACAACAUCGCUUUUGAAUAUUUUCACAUCGAAUUCUCAGGUGUCCGGAAUUUUACGUAGUCGUCGCGAUAAAGCGAAAACUAAAAAGUCGAAGAAGAAGAAAGAUGGCGAAGCUACCGAAAAUAUACAAGAAGAGCAGCAGGGAAGUGUGGAUCGCGCCAACAAUUCCCACGAUAAUGACGAUAACAAUAAAAUGAAAGCGCAAAAUUCCAGUGGCAGCAGUGCCGGUGGCCUAGGCAUAUCAUCUGCUUCAGCGCCGGGCAGUGUUGAUUCGUCUGGUGGUGGCGCCGCUGCGCUUGGCGUUAAUAUUUCUGAAAAUAUUGGCGGCGGCUUGACAGGCAAUGCUAACAAUGCGAGUAAAGGUGGCAGUAAUGGUGGAAGUAGUGCUGCGGGUGGUGCAGCUGGUUCAAAAGUAUAUGGCGCCAAUGAGGUGGACGAAGAUGGCUACAGCAUGCAACCGCCGAAAGAGAUUGCCUGGGAGGAAAAUCAAGAUAAAACUGGCAGUUUCUACUCUGAUUCCGACUCAGACUCAGAUAACGAUAAGCCAGAACGACGUAUACACGUGAAAAUUAAGCCACUGAACAAUGGCCAGGCGCCAAUGUCCGCCAGUGUGGAUGAGUUGCGUGCCACCGUGGAGAAUAUAUCCUUAUCGCCCACCAGCGUUUUUUCGACUUUCAACCAACAGCACGGAAGUCAACAAGCGCAGCAAUCGCGCAUCGCUUCGCGUCAACAGUCGCCUGAAAUUUCCAAUGCAUCCACACCAACAGCCACAGUGCAUCCAUAUGCACCACUACAAAGUCCCACACUUUCUAUGACCCAUAACUCAAGAUACGCCGACUUAGGUGAUAUUUUCUCUGAGUUGGGCGACGUAAGUGCCUCUGCGCCUGCUUCCGCCACGCUUUCAAAAUCAAACAGCAGGCAAAUACCUACACCUACAUCAGUUAACAGUAUUGCAAUACCAAGACCACCUUCGCGGCGUUCGGAAAUGGUUAUGGCGCCCACCGUAGCGGCGGCCCGUGGGCGUAUCAGUCCGUCGCCGGCAAUGAACCGUGCAGACAGUAUUGGCAGUUUGGAAUUCCGCACUGCGAUCGGUGGCAUUGGCUCAUCGCGUGGACCAUCGCCACUUACUAUUGGCAUUUCAGAUACGAUUCCACUAGCGGUGGCGUUCCACGAGAUCAUACACGCUUACUUUAGGGGCAGCGACGAGUCUCGUUGCCAGGUAAAAAUCUCAGGCGAUAUGAUGUUGUCAUUUCCUGCUGGAAUUGUUGGACUUCUAGCGAAUAAUCCGAAUCCAGCAAAACUCGGUUUUCGCAUAAAAAAUGUGCAAAAUUUGGAAAAUUUAUUACCAAAUUCGAAGUUAGUGCAAAUCGAUCGCAACCAAUCGAGUUCCUUCAGUACAAUGUUGGAAUUUAAUAUGCCCGCUUUGACUGCAUUAUUGCGCCACCAAGCGGAACACAACCCUAACGCAUCAUACUUCAAUGUAGACAUACUUAAGUAUCAAGUGCGCUCCAAACCUGGCGCCUCUUCUUGUCCUUUCCAGUUGGUUUCCUAUUGGAAGUGUGAGCCAACAUUUACAGCACUCAAAAUCGACUACAAGUACAAUAACCAUGCAAUGGCAAGUGCCUCGCCGCUGUUGAAUGUCACGCUUUCGGUGCCCGUUAACGGUUCGGUGCGCAAUGUGCAGUCGAAGCCUCACUCCGCGUGGCUUGGCGAAUCGAACCGUUUGGUGUGGAACUUCACUGAUAUUUCACAAAAUUCGCAAGACGGUGGUGUUGGCACGCUACGUGCCCGACUUGAACUUAACGAAGGUCCAUCCGUCCCGGCCUUACUGUCUACACAAUUCAAUUGUGAAGGCACCACGCUAUCUGGCAUUGAAUUUGAAUUGCAAGGCAGCGGUUACCGGCUGUCGUUGGUGAAACGACGUUUUGUGUCAGGCAAAUAUGUUUGCGAGGGCGAUGGUGUGCGCAGUGGAGCGACACCAACUCCACCAUCCGUGGGUUCGUCUAGUCCAUUUUCAGCAAAAUCGAAUUAGUUCAAAACAAUUUAAAAUAAUAAGCAAAAAACAGCAUUAACUAACGGCAACAAAAGUUACACAGUUUUUUAUAUGUGUAAAUAUUACAACCGCAGAGUCUCAUUAAUCAUCAACAAAAAAGCAUGCACGUUAAAUACUCAAACAAAUCUAGCAGCAUGUAGGCAACAAAUUGCAAUUUCCAACACACACAAGUAUACCUACCGAAGUUGUGAAAAAUGCAUUAAUGUUUAGAGUUAUUUUAUCACGCUUAAAUGAAAAUGUAAAAAGCCAUUUUAUUUUAUUUUUUUUUUAAUGUGCUUAAAUUAGACAUCACAAUGGUAAUGAAAAUAUUUUCACUUAAAUGCAUUCAUUGCUUUUGCUCUCCAUUUUUUUUCUUAGAACUAACAGCACUUGCUUUAUUUCAAAAUCGAAGAAAUCAAAAUGUUGUAAAUUUCGUUAAAUCACGGGAGUUUAUUCAUUAUUAUUUUGAUUUUCGGAACAAACACAUUAAAACCUAGUAGAUAGUAUUAUAUACAAUAUAUUAUUGCAUAUUUCACAACUUAUGACAUAUUUACAUAAAUAAGGAAUACCGCAUCACACUGCUUCUCAAAUACGCUGAAAAUUUACUACUACACGUGCAUACACACAUUUAAUGGAGAAAAAUAGGCUCGUGAAUUAGUAAAAAAAAUAAUUUAAA